CAGUGUUAUCCGUACCCUCAAAACUCCCCCUUUCAACAUCUUGUCAUAUUUUUCCUUUUUUGUUCCCAUGGAAGUUCAAGAAAAAAAAGAAGAUCCAUUUCCAAAACGGAUCAAAACCCAACAACCAUCCGACCCAAAAGAAGAAGAAGAUGACAGAAUUAGCUCAUUACCAGAUCGUUUGAUAAUCGAUGAAAUCUUAUCUAAAUUACCCUUAACAAAAGACGCAAUCAGAACAGGUACUCUUUCGAAACGAUGGCAAAAUCUUUGGCCGUCAGUUCCUUGUCUAUCUUUUCAAGAUUUUGAUAUGAAACAUAGGUUACCCGAUUUCUAUACUUUUGUUAACCAAACCCUAAAUCGUCGUAGUCAUCCCGAAUUCAAGAAUCUAAAUAAAUUCUGUAUUUGUGCCACUUACGAUCAUCAGUUUGAACCUCAUGUCGAUAAUUGGAUUCGUUUCGUUAUUAAUAGUAAGGUCCAGUCACUUGAAUUUUAUUUAGGUGCUGAUGAUAUAUUAGGUCAGUAUAUGUUGAAAGACGACUCGUUUUUCAUUAAUUCCCAUUUUACCCAUCUCAGUUUAGACGGUUGCAUAUUAAAACCUACGGGGCGGAUUUCUUGGACUAACCUUACGUAUUUAAGUAUAAUAAAUGGGUUAUUAGGCGAACGUAUGAUUGCAAAGAUUCAAUCCGGGUGUCCUUUAUUGGAGACGUUGAGCUUGUCCGAUUGUUAUGGUUUUUCGUGUCUUGAUAUAACUUCCAUAAGUGUUAAGAAUUUGGAGUUCCAUGGAUACAAUCGUCAAGAUCAGGGAGUUCUUGACAAUAUAAUUAAAAUCAAUGCUCCGUAUAUUGAAACGCUAGCAAUUAAGGGUAUGUUGGUAUCUAAGAUUUAUUUGCAAGAUGUGUCUUGUUUAGACAAAGCUGAAUUAGAUUUUAGCAAGUGGGCUCAUGAUGAGACGACAAGUAAAGAAGAGAAAGAAGAGAUGCUUAUCAUGAUUAUACUCGGUCUUUACCAUGUCGAAGAGGUUAUAAUUGGGGAAGCUUGUUUGCCGGCUUUCCGUCGUUUGCGAGCUAAAGGUCUCAUUUUUCCAUAUAACUUGAAGGUUGUAAAAGUUUCUCAUCCUGUUUAUGACAGUGAUGAUUCGACGGAGGUAGAUGAUUGCUUUGAUAGCGACUCAUCUGAUGACGACUCAUCUGUUAGUGACUCAUAGUAAAGUGUUAGUGAUUCGGUUGAAAAUUUAGAUUUUGAGAAACUAAUGCUUGAUAGUUGGUCCUGGAGACGACGAGGUCAAUUGAUUAAAAGCACUUUGAACUGUUCUCUAAACUAGACAUGGCACUUUGAAUUCUGGUUAAUUCCUUGGGCAUUUUAUUUAGCAGAUUCCAAACUAUGUGUAGAUGUUUGAUAUUUUUUUAAUUAUCUAUGUUAUGUUC